AUGCAUCCCCCUGCUCUAGCGCCAACCUGCCUCCUUCGCGGAGGUGCCAGCAGAGGCAUUAGAAAGACCCUGAAUGAUAAAGCGCUUUAUUUCGAACAGCGCAAAUUGGAAACAGAAGGACGUUCGCAGAUUCAAACCUACCCUGUCCCAGCUGUGCCAGCAUACCCCAUUCUAGCAUUGACCUGGAAUCCGCCUAUCCCUGCGUCUGAGGUGCAGAACCCGGCCAAGGCCAUCACUAGAGGCCACCCUCCAACUGCAUCUGCGCGGCAGGCCAUUUCCCUGACCAAGCGCUCAAUCCAGCGCUCGACCCAACACCUACCAUCCGAAUUUGAGAUCAGCGAGAUGCCUCAAAAUCCCGGUUCCGAGCAAAAUUAUGGGAUGGCCUAA